GGAAGAAGAAGAAGAAGAAGAAGAAGAAGAAGCUGUCAGCCUGAAAACACAAGCUGUCAACAUGUGUGAUCUGCUGGAUGUCAGCCUCCACAUCCAUGACAGGAUCUCGUCGCUGCGCAGCAUGCUGGCCCUGGCAGCUGUCGAAUUGCCUCAAAAUAAGAUAAAGAAGCUUGGACAAGAACUGUCGGUUGUGGGGGGACUUCUGGAGCAGUUUGAGAAAUGUGUUGGUCAGCAGAGAGAGGAGCUGAGGCAUCUGAAGGGACUUGAGGAGUCAUUCAAGGAGAAUGUGGGGGGUGUUCAGCACAUGAAGGACAACGUUCCUGCUCACAUGCCCAAGAAGAGAGGCCCGGCAAAUGGGGGGGAAGCUGCUCUGAAGCAGGAUGAAGCUGUUCAGCCAGCGCAGCAGCACCCUGUGAGAAAGAGCAACAAGAGCUGCAUCAGAAGCAUGGACGUCAUCACCGUGCCAGAGUUUGAGAGCAUCCCUCAGUACAUGAGAGGACGGGUAUCGUACGAUCAGAUGAACGCUGCGGUGCAGAGCAUCAACACAGCUGUGACAGCAAAGUACAAGAUCCUCCAUCAGUCCAUGAAAACUCUCAACAACUACACACGCAAGCUGCACCAGCGCUUCAAGGAGCAGGAGACCAAAGACACCAAAGGUCAGAACUUCGUGGUGCAGGAGGACAUCCAAGAGUUUUCUAAGAUCAAGGUGGACAAACGCUUCCAGGGGAUUCUGAACAUGCUGCGGCACUGCCAGCGCCUCCGGGAGAUGCGGGGGGGCGGCCUCACCCGCUACAUGCUGCUAUGAUUGAUUCACACUUUGACUUUGCAUUUAAUAUACAGGAAUGUGUGCAUGUAUGUAUGUUGUUGUGGUGUAAGUGAAAAUAUCCUUUUUUUCCUUCUAUGUUUUGUAUUAUAUCGUUACAUGUGUAAACAACAGUUUGUAUUUUCAGGCAACCAGAAUAAAAAUCUGAAGAAGGAA